AAUUAUUUUCACCCACCGAGUAUAAAAUAUAAAAAUAUGGUAAUCCCUUGGUCAAAGAAGAGGAAACAAAGUUUCGAGGAAAAUAACGGCAUAAAUAGGGUAGGUAUAUAAAAUAAAAGGGUAUCAAAUAAAAAUAUUUAUGUCGUCACAAAUACAAUGCAUUGGUGGAAUAUGGUCAAACGGUGGAAUGUAAAAAAAAUUACUUAGUUAAAACAAAUAAUACAAUUCUAAAUAUCAUCCAAUGUUUUCUCGAACAUAUUUUCAUGAAGUUAACCCUCCAAUGCUCAUGUAGGGGCCUGAAAGACCCCCCUGAUCUUUAAUUUUUCACGCCAUCACUAGAAACAUUUGUUUCUAAUAUUUAUUUAUUUAUUUAUUCACAGUUAAUUUAAACGGUAAAACAAAUGAUUCUCUUAGCCAUACGCAUAAAUAACAAUAAUUUCUCGUACAGAAUAAUAUUUUUGCAUUUGCAUUUAAUAUAUUAUAUAUUUCAUUAAAAAUAUGGGAUGUUUUCGGCCUCCACACAAGUACUAAUGUUACGAAAGCUGACGCAAUUACUAAAGGGUUAAGGGAAAGCAAAAAAUAUUUAUUUCAAUGUAAUUUACGAUCUACGCUUUCUAAUAGAUUUUAAAACAUAUGUGUAGUGCGCAUUUCAUAAUUUACUCCCAGACAAGACGUACCCUCCAAAAGUCAUUUUAAAGACGUCUAGUGUUAAAUAGGUUGUCUUUUGGACAUCUUAAAGACGACUUUAAGUAUUGCGCGCUGUCAGGGCUCUAAAUAGUAUAAACUGAAUAGCAUCUUAUUAAAUUUUUUAUUUAAAAAGAACUCCGACGAUAUUAUAGCACUUGCAAUAAGUUUUGAGAUGUCCUUAUAAUUUAUAUAUAAAUAAAUAGAAUAUUCCGUUUUUUAAUUAAAUAUAUACUUUUUAGUUGUUAUUAUUAACUUACGUAGAAUAUCAACUGAAAGUUCUUUAACCUUAGCAAAAAAGUCGUGACAGUAUACAACUAUGGUAUGCACAAAUUGGUUAGCAACAAAAAACACUUAUGCAGCAUUAUUGAGAAAGUAGUGCAAUUUCCAAAAUGUUGAUGACGAAGACUAUUUGGAAACACUAACAAAAUUAUACAUUAUAUUUAGAAUCUCGUAAAGCGUUGCACAACUUUGCUUAUAUCUAUCAUUGUUUUAAAUAAAUUAGAAGCAGAACAAUAGGAUAUGCAAUUUGACAUUUCUAGUCUAUUGUUGAAUAUAUUACGCAACAUUUCCACUUUUUUAUUACUAAACAUUUCUUGAAGGAAAUUUAAAUACCCGUUCAUUUUGGGAAGCUGAAUAGUACAGAAUGGUGUAAAAUAAGCAUCAACAGGAUGGAGAGGUGGAAGCCAACGAGAGUAGAACUUGACAAAUAUAUCAGUCUUAUCCCACAUCGUUUUCCGUUAACAAGUUUUCGCGAGUCCCUAAAAUAUCGAUAAAUGAGCAAUAGUUCAAUUCCUAUCGAUUCUGUUGGACGAAACAACACCUUAUGGAAAUGCGCAAAGAUAAUCACGAAAAUUGAAGUUGUAAUGCUCUAAUAAUUACGGAACUAAAUUAUUUUUAAUCUGUGAUCCAUUUUCGGAACUUACGUCGCAUGUUGGAUAUAAAUAAUGAAGGAAACAAACGCACAGAAAUAUCGACGCAAUUUACUCCCAGUAUAAUUGUAUCACGUCUAUCAAAUAUUGUUGUAUUCUAUAGUAUGGAAUCUUUAAAAAUCGAAUAUUCCAAUUUUUUAAUUAGUAGUGUUCGUUUAUAUUCUUUGAUUAAUAAUUGAAUUUACUUCAAUAAAACGUUACUAAUCCCUUUGCAAUAAAGUUCUUUAUAAAAUGUAUCAAGUCUUAAGCAUUCAAAUGGCCAGGAGUUUCGGAGAAUCCAGUGAAUUUGUGACAAAACGCGUAUGUUUUUCGUCACUCUUCUGUGCGGGAUUUUUGUGUGUUCUGGGUGGGUUUUUUCUAGGUAGAUUUGCUGCCGAAAGGCCCACGGCAAUACAAGCGAAAAAAACAAAACUUGAACUUGCUGGCAAUGGCCUUGAAAGUAUUGGACACAUACAAGAUGUUCUCAUUCGCCAACUGGCGGAAGCCUCUAUUCAAGAUUUUCAAUCAGGUUCCAGUGAAGAAGAAACACAAAAAGUCAAGAAUAUUCUUAACGGUUUAGGCAUUAUUCGAAACGUUUUUAAAAACGAAUCGUAUGUUGUUGGAAAAGUACAGGGUUCUCGAGAAUCUGACAGGUAUAUUGUUUUGUCUGUCGAUAAAGACAAUAGUGAAAUUGUCUUGGAGUUGGCAAGAAUUUUUGACAAAAUUCAUAAAGAUUAUAAUUGGAAAUUGCGACGAACAAUCGUAUUUUGUUUCUUUUUUGGAUCAAGCGACGUUUGUCAUGAAGUAUUACCCAAUUAUAUACGCUCCAAGAUUUUGGCUUACAUUGCAGUUCGUGGGAAAGCUAUACAAGUAAAUGAGCGCUUAGUUGCAUCCGGAUCUGAUAUUGUAUUGUCUACUGUAUUACAAGCUAUAAAAUUGAUAGAAAAUCCCAUUACUGAAUCUGCUGCUGCAAAUGGAAAGAAAACAAUUUUUGACACAUAUGAGGACACUAACAGAAUUGUAUCUUUGUCACGUUUAAAAUUAGAUAUACCUCAUGUUAUUUUAUCAUUUAUGGGCUUCAAGAAUACUUCAAGGAAUGAAACCAAUCAUACAGGCAAUGUCAUUGCACAUCGUAGAGCUUUAGCUCAAAUCAUUGGUUUAAGUGUUUGGAGAUUCUCUGAAAGUACAAUCCUUUAUUGGAAUCCAGAAAUACUAAAUAAAACAGUGAACCAAGCACUGGAUAGUUUAUAUAUACCUGCUCUUUUGAAUAUCAAAGAUACUGUGAGCAAGUCGAUACACAAUUUAACACAAAAUGCAGAAAACCUGAAUAAAAAAAUUAAUACGAUGGAGCGAUCAAAACCACUAGAGGUUAGAAUGAUCAACGAUUUAUUAAUGGAUUUAGAUCGAGCUCUUUUGUGUCCUGAUACAAAUUUUAACUCAAAAACUGAUUUGUACAUGUUACACACUUAUGUUCAAGGUCGUUCUAUUGAAACUCAUUUAAAAGAAUUGCUGAAUUGUUAUAAUCUAGUAAAUCAACUCCUACAAGACAAAUGAUGAAAUUCAUAUAAGAUUUGGCAUAAACAAUACAGAUAAUUGUUUUGCAUUAACAAAGAUUUGUAUUAACAAUCAAUGACUUGUACUUAAUUAUAAUGAUAAGAAUAAAAUAUAUGAAAUUACA